UAGGACUUGGUAAUGAGUAGCACCAUUCUGUUGACAUCAACGUGACAAAGAAAGUGACAACACAAUAGGUGGCGAUAUGCAUGACGAAUGUGAAUCGCCAAAAACAAAAGAAGAAGAAUGUGGAAGUAGUAAAAAGUAGUAAAAAAAAAUUUACUUAAAUAUUCAUACACAUCUGGGAUGGCAUGAGGACCACCGUCAGAAAGAGAGGGAGGUGCCGACAGAAAGCUCUUUGUGUGCCACCCUAUAAAUGCUGCAUAACAAUGCACUAAUUAGCAUAACAUGUAUUUCUCAUUCUUAUUACUCAUGCCUACCAGACAACCAGCUAAAAUCCUUUUAAUGGUGCUGUAGAACAGCUCUCUGCAUUUAACAUCACAUCACUCCCCUGCUUGAUUGAAUUACCCCCUCUCCUUCAAACAGAUCCUGCCAAUCACAGAUGAAAUUAUGGACAUAUUUCGUUUGGCACCAAGGGAAUGCAGAGCGGAAAGAAGGAUGAGGACAAUAAAGGAAUGGUCAGAGAAUGACGGGAGGGAGGGAGAGAUGAAGAGUGAGAGAAAAGAGGCAGGGAGCUGGAGAAAAAAGGGUGAUAUCACUGCCUCUAGACGGCAGCCAAUCAGAGGCAGGGAGAGGCAGUGAGGGAGCCAGAGAGGGUGUGUUUUCCUCGCACUGCAGCAUCAGCGUUGAAGGGAGGCCACAAUCAAUCUGACACACAGCAAGAGACACAAGAAUCUUCAGGGACAGAAAAAACGUCAGACGCUCAGAGUUGCCAGAGAAAGAAGGAAACCUGAAGCCGUUUUGAACCUGCAGAGUGACAGUACGGCAGGAGGGUGUGGACCUGAGAGAGACACGGAAGAAGAAACAGAUCGAGUGAGAAAGAGAACAGCAGAGAAGGAGGCAGAUUGGAGGACUGCUUUUCUCUGAGUGGGAUUAUCCAAGGUUUUUCUGCCGGUUGUGUUUGUGCCUGAAAGCAGGUGCAAUGCCUGCCACAUCACAACAGCAGGUGGGCAGCAGGGGGCAAUGCGCCCCUCUCCUGCUCUCUCUGCUCUCUCUCCUCCUGCUGUUCCUCGCUCCUAAGCCUGGGAAAGCCACCAUCAACAUCCCAUCCAAAUACAAAAUUAGAGACUUAAAAAGCCCUCCAGUGAUUACUGCCCAACCAGACUCUGUCACCACCUUUUCAACAGAUGACAUCACACUCACCUGUGAGGCAACUGGGAAUCCACCACCCACGUUCCGAUGGGUUAAAGAUGGUGUGGAGUUUGACCCGUCUCAAGACCCUGACCUUUCAGUGUCCAGAGAUUCUGGAACUUUUUCAUUGACAGCCAAGGAUGGACCGAUCCACCAAUACCAGGGCCGAUAUAGCUGUUAUGCAUCUAACGAGCUUGGCACAGCUGUGUCUAAUGAGGCUCGCAUUAUCACAGAGAACAAUCCCACUCAACAGAAGGAGAAGAAGGUGUCAAUAAAAGUGGAGGAAGGAGAAAGUGUGGUGCUUCCCUGUAACCCUCCUAAUAGCACUGUGGUGCCAGUCAUGCACUGGAUGGACAAGAAACUGAAGCACAUUCAGCAGAAUGAGCGUGUAAUUCAGGGUAGGGAUGGAAACCUGUACUUCUCUCAUGUGACUGCGGCAGACAGCCGUGACGACUACACCUGCAACACUCAGUUCCUCAGUGCCCGCAUCAUCAUGCUCAAAGAUCCCAUCAAGCUGACAGUUGUCCCCUCUAAUUCGGUGGUGCGUAACAGAAGGCCACAAAUGAUGAGACCCACUGGCUCGCGGAGCUCCUACCUGGUGCUCAGUGGCCAAAACCUGGACCUGGAGUGCAUUGUUCAGGGCCUGCCUUCUCCCAAAAUCCAGUGGAUCAAGAAAGAUGCAGUCAUGUCUGAGUCCCGCACUUCCAGAGACAAUUAUGACAGAGUGCUGCGCUUCAAGAAUAUCUCUGUGUCUGACAGUGGCGAGUAUCAAUGUUCCGCCACCAAUCUACAGGGGAUGACCACUCACACCUACAGCAUCACUGUAGAAGCUGCCCCAUAUUGGACUAAAGAACCAAAGAGCCAGCUGUAUGCCCCUGGAGAGACAGUUAAACUGGAAUGUAAAGCUGAUGGCAUUCCCAGCCCCGUUGUGACCUGGAGCAUCAAUGGCAAUCCUCUAACUGAUAUUGACCCAGACACCAGACGCAGUGUGAAACAUGGCAUACUUACUCUGAAGAAUGUGGAAAUCAGUGACACAGCAGUGUAUCAGUGCAAAGCCGCCAAUAAGCAUGGAGCAGUCCUUGUCAAUGCAUAUGUCUAUGUUAUAGUACUACCUCCUCAGAUUCUGACAGAGGACGGCCUCAUGUACUCAGUAGCAGGAGGACAGACGAUCGAGCUAGCUUGUGAGACCUUUGGCUCUCCUCUGCCCAAUGUCACAUGGGAGGGUGAGUCCUGGGGUGCUCUUGUAGCCAACCCUAGGAUGAGUCAGUUAUCUGAUGGUUCUCUACAGAUCAGUAACGCCUCUCUCAAUGACAGUGGCCAAUAUACUUGCACUGUCAACAAUAGCAAAAUCACCAUCACUGCUGAGCUGGAUGUACUCAACAAAACAGUCAUUGUGAAACCUCCGUUGGCUCUGCGAAUCCAGCGGGGCAAACCAGCCACCCUCACCUGUGAGUACCAGGUGGACUCCAGGCAGGACACCCCUCAAGUCCAGUGGAGGAAGAACAGACAAAAGCUCUCAGAGUCCUCUGAUUCAGACAAGUACAUGCUAGAUGAAUCCACCCUCAUAAUACCUGAUGUCGAGGAAGGGGAUGAAGGGAUUUAUACAUGUGAGGUCAUUACAACGCUGGAUAUGGCUGAAGCAAGUGGCUCCAUCACUAUAGUUGACCGACCAGACCCUCCAAUCCAAGUCCUGAUGACCGAACUUAAAGAACGUAGUGUCACUCUCAGCUGGACACCUGGAGAUGAUCACAACAGCCCUGUGCUAGAGUAUUUGAUUGAGUUUGAAGAGACAGGAUCUGAAAGAAAGGAAUGGGAAGAACUAAGUCGUGUGUCGGGCAGCAAUCUGCGAGCUACACUUCCUCUGAAGCCCUUCAUUUCUUACCGUUUCCGAGUCAUCGGCAUCAAUGACAUCGGCAAGAGUGACCCAAGCAUGCACACGGAGCCCUAUUCCACACCAGCAGCUCCACCAGACAGCAACCCUGAAGGAGUGCGCAGUGAUUCCAUCGACCCAGACACCCUUGUCAUCACAUGGAAGGAGAUGGCCAGGCGUAGUUUUAACGGCCCUGAUUUUCGCUAUAAAGUGAUGUGGAGAAAGGUUUUGGGCAGUGGUCCAUCCUGGCACACCAACUACACAACCUCUUCACCCUUCAUCGUCACAGAUGUGGGCAACUUCACUGCCUUUGACAUUAAAGUGCAAGCUGUCAAUGAGAUUGGAGAUGGACCAGAUCCCAAAUCCACCAUUGGAUACUCCGGAGAGGACUACCCUCUUGAUGCUCCUCUGGAUGUUGGAGUGGCUCUGAUUAACAGCACUGCCAUUAAAGUGACGUGGGCGGCCGUGAAUAGAGAGACAGUGAGGGGUCGUCUGCAGGGUUACAAGAUUCAUCUGAUGCACUACGGCCCUGAAAGCAGACACCUCAGACGGGAGCGUGUCAGGGAGGGGAAGCCAACCAAUAUCUCGGUUGUGAUGACUGGCAGUUCAGAAGAGAGGAAAGUUCUGGGAGACCUGCAGCCUUACUCCCAUUACGCACUGGCUGUCAGUGUUUUCAACAAUAAAGGAGAUGGACCACAGUCUGAACCCCUCACAUUCCACACACCGGAGGGAGUGCCUGGUCCUCCUUCAUCUCUGAUGCUGGAUAGCCCUUCAGAGACAGAAUUGACACUGCACUGGACUCCACCCACUCAGCCAAAUGGAGUCCUGAUUGGAUACGCGUUACAUUAUCAACAAGUUGAUAAUGAAAACAGUCCAAUGCAGGUGGAAAUGAUUAAUGGCCACAGUGCAUCUCACUUCACUUUAAAAAAGCUUGACCCUCACAGUCAUUACCGCUUCUACCUGCGGGGUCGCACUGCUGCUGGAGAAGGCCUGCCAGUCAUCAGAGAGGGAGCCACCACACUGGAUGGAGGUCCUCCCUCCAACAUUAGCUUAUCGGUUGGAGAGACAUCAGUCAACCUGACUUGGGUGCCCAAAGAGAGACAAAGAAGCGUGGGUUUCUUUAUUCAUUAUCUGAGAAAAGAUGGAAGGGGCAAAUGGAAGCGUUCUGAAAGAGUCAACACCUCUCAGUCAUUCUAUACACUGCAGGGGCUCCAGCCAGGAUCAUAUUAUCAGCUGCACUUUGACUUCAGCAACAAAACUUUCUGGGAAACUAAGAUCCAGACAGCAGGAGCAAGAGUCAAGGAUGUACAGGCUGCUUUUGUCACAGAGGGCUGGUUCAUUGGACUCAUCAGCGCCCUAGUGCUGUUGCUGCUGUUACUGCUCAUUCUCUGUUUUGUAAAACGGAACAAAGGUGGAAAAUACUCAGUUAAAGACAAAGAAGAAGGCCAGAUAGAUUCUGAAGCACGACCAAUGAAUAGCGAGGCUUUUGGAGAGUACAGUGAAAAUGAGGAAAAGCGGACGGCAAGUCAGCCGUCUCUGUGUGAAGACAGUAAGCUUUGUACCGACGAUGCACUGGACGAUUACCCCAACAGCAACAGCGUGCAGACUGAAGUGAUCAUGGAUGAGUCACUGGCCAGUCAGAGCAGCGGAGUCCGAGAUGCUCCUGACCCUGAGACUGAAGAAAGCUCCCCAUUAAAUCCUGCCACAACCAUCUCCCAGCAUGGCCUGCCCAACUCUGCUGCCCUCCUUGAUUAGAGCCGGGCACACCUGAGACCCAACGUGGAUUCACACAUGUGCCCACUUGUUGCAACCCAUCAUGACUGACCAAACAAUCAACAGCCCAUAAUAUUGAGACCUACAAACCAAACAGAUGCCAAGAAAACAUAGCAGAAGCACUGCUGGGGCUUACUUCAGACAUAACCAGACCAAGCCAAUACUUUUUACACAUCCAGAAGGAAACAUUUGACAUAAAACAUAUAUGGACUGCCAUGCUCAUUGUUUACAGAUAUUAUCUCUCAUUUUACGAUAUAAAGUAUAGUCGUUUACAGUUAUACACACAUGACAAGACAAGAAACUCCCAUGUAACUUUCAGAAAAGACUUCUUUGAUAAUCCAUUGCUAAAUAAAGAUGAUGCCAAGCUCUUAUGGUGGAUGCCGAAGCAAAUAUGGAGUUAGAUUCACCUGUAUGACGAUAACAAGUGUUAUGGAAGGAGAACAGGUAGAGCGAGAGACUGAGGGCCUUAAAAUCAUAACUAAAUGCAUUGUGCAAGCAUAUCAACAGCACAAGCUGGAUAUUGAUUGCAAAAUUUAAUCAAGUAAUUGGGUUUUGUGCUUUUCUAGCAUUUUUGUUUAAAGAAAGUAUAAUUAUGUUUAAAGACUUGUCUGUGCCAUUUUUUAUUCAUUUUUCAUUUAUUUUUUUACUUAUGAAUAAGUUUCAUGUUGUGUUUUAUGUCAUCUUUGCAUAAUUUAUUGUAAUAUUUUUAUGAUUCAGUUGAAGAUACUUAUCCACAUGCCCAUGACCUAAAAUUACACACUUCCAUACUGUAAAUAUAUGAGAUGCAAUGAUUCUACGACAUAAGAUCGUUUAUAGCAAGCUGUACAUAUAUAACUUCUAUCAAUUUAGCCAAAUACAGUAUUAUAAUCUCUCUUCUCUCAACUCCAUUGGUUCCUGUGCCUGCCUACAUAAACAUACUCCAUCAGAAAUGUCACCACCAUCUUGAAGGGAUAAUUCACCCAAAAAAAAAAAAAUAUUUCAUAAUUUACUCACCCUAAUGUUGUUCCAAACCUGUUAGAUUUGUCUUUCUUCCAGCCUCAGUCACUAUUGACUUUUAUUGUAUUGAUAAAAAAUGCAAUGAAAGUGAAUGGUGACUAAGGCUAACAUUCUUCCUUUUGUGUUCCACGGAAGAAAGAAAGACAUACGGGUUUGGAACGUCAUGAGGAUGAGUAAAUGAUGACAGAAUUUUCAUUUUUGGGUGAACUAUGCCUUUUUAAGCAUUUUCCACCAUGACAUUUUUGUAUGUGUUUUUUUUAUUGCUUUUUGUGCAGUGUAUUCAUCUGUAUUGACAGAUACUCUCUUGCAGUCCUGUUGGUGUAAAGCCAUAAGAAUACACAUGUAAGGUGCGUAUUAAGUUGUGAGGUAGUCUUGAGUUAGAUAGGGUUGUGAGAGAGUACAUCUCACACUCAGAGAUAUAUACAGUUUAAUUAAUGUAUGUUCUAGCUUGUGUCUUAUUACACAGAGAAUGUAUGCUUUGUUUGGAUGGGAAAUAUGAUUCCAUACCAGUAUACCAAAUAGCAUUCUUUUCCUUUUUUUUUUUUUUUUUUUUGCAUUUUGCAUUUUGGUGUCUUUGAUUACUAGUUUGAUAAACAAACAUAGCAGAAAUUAGCACUGAAAGAAGCUAUGGCACAUCUGGUAUUUCUCAAGAGAAGUGGCACGGGGGGGAAAUCUCUUAAAGGGAUAUUUCAUCCAAAAAUGGAAAUUCUCUGAUCUUAUCAGUUCACCCUCUUGCCAUCCCAGAUGUGUAUGACUUUCUUUCUUCUGCUGAUCACAAAUGUAGAUUUGAACACAAAUUAAGAUUUGAAUAUUUCAGCUCUGUAGAUCCUUUCAAUGCAAGUAAAGGGUGGUCAGACCUUUAAAGCUCCAAAAAGCACAUAAAGGCAGCAUAAAAAUAAUCCAUACCACUCCAGUGGUUUAAUAUGUCUUCUGAAGCGAUGCAAUCACUUUAGGUGAGAAACAGAUCAUUAUUUUUUAUCCUUUUUUACUAUAAAUCUCUAUCUAUAAAUAUCUAUAAAUGUGAAAGUGGAGAUUUAUAGUAAAAAAAAAAAAAAAAAAAAAGGACACACCUAUCAUAUCGCUUCUGAAGAUAUAGAUUUAACCACUGGAGUCUUAUAGAUUACUUUUAUCCUGCCUUUAUGUGAUUUUUGGAGCUUGAAAGGUCUGGUUACCACUCACUUUCAUUGUAUGGACCUAAAGAUACUCUUCUAAAAUAUUCUUCUAAAAAUCUUCGUUUGUGUUCUGCAGAACAAAGAAAGUCAUACACAUCUGGUAUGGCAUGUGGGUGAGUAAAUGAUAACAGAAUGUAUAUUUUGUGGGUAAACUAACCGUUUUAUUCCCAGAUGAAUGUAAAUAUAACCCAAAAGAUUGUUUGUUUUGACAUUUGAAACUGUCUUGUUAGGUUUUGUAACCGUUUACUUGUUUCAGUUUUGUACAAAAUUUUAACUUUAGAGUAACUUGUUAGUUGUGAUAGGACUGUGGUAGAUAAGUAGUGCAUAGUUUCCAAAACAAAGAAAAAAAGUCCUUUGAUAUCUAAAUGUUGCAGGUUCCGAUAAAAAAAUAAAAUAUUAAUACAAUUGUAUAAACAGAUUGGAUUAAAAAAAAAGAAAAAAAAAAGCACCAUAACUGCUUUCAUCUAAUUGAAGUUACUGACAAAACAAGAUUGUGCUUAUAGUUUCCCAAGUGCUGAAUAAUGGCAGUAUUGUGUGUAUCUGAUUCAAAUCUAUCAUUGCAGUGGCAGGGCAAAAGAAAGGAUGCAAUCAUCGUAUUUGCACACAUACACUCCCAGGGAGCAAUAUGUGCUGACUCAGAUCUUUGAGACCACUGUCUUUGCAGUUAUUCCCAGUCCUUUGGGACAGCUGUGGGGGCCAGACUGCUCUGUUAUUAUUCCGAUCUGUGUUAGCUUCCUUCACAAAAGCUGUACAGACACACUCAGGACAAAAGUCCCUUAGAGAUCUAUUUUCUUACGGGAGGCAGUAGUGAUGCAAAUUAUUUUCAACUCAAUAUUCAACUGAACUGCUGCUAGACUUGUGUAUUUUGUCAGAGUCUUGACUGUGUAUUGAGCUUGAAGAUGAAUUGACUCUCAGAUAUCCACUUUACUGCCCUCAACUAGUGCAAGAGAAUUGGGGGCGCCACUUAAAGUCAACAUGAAAUAAAAAGAAAAAAACCUUUUCACUUUCUAAAUACACAUUCUUAAUCUUAUUGUGAAGGAUUCAUCGGUGCAUGUUGUUUUAAAGAAAAAAACUGUUUGAAAAAAUAGAUCUUUCAUCAAAAUUUUAUAAUUUGCUUGGCCUCUGAAACAACUUUCCUUUUUGGCUGAUGUCACCAAGGCAUCUUAUUUUUUAACCCCUCCCCUCCAACCACAUUUUCAUGAUCCAGUCAACCCUGAUGGAUAAAAUCAAGUUCUGCCAUACAUUUUUUCCACAUUGAAUAUCCCAUUUCACUUGAAAAUGUAACAUUAUGGAAGUAAAAUGGAUUGUAAAUGGCAUUCCAUGUUGACUUUAGGGCUUGAUUAGUGAACAAACAUUGCGAUUUCUGUUGUUAUUUGUCAAAUGUAUGCAUUCAAGCUCAUAAUCCAUUAAAACGCAUCUUAAACUGGCUUCAUCUACUGUAGGCUUAAAGCAUAAAUAAAUAGCUUGUCCUAACAGUCUCUUACUCCUCCUGUAUGUUCUGUUAUUUAUACUGCAUAUGAUGUGACAAUAAAUGAAGGACCAAGUCAA